AUGGCGUCGCGUCCAUACUCGGAUAGCUUCGAUCCCUCCUCAUUACUAUCCGCCAAGUUCAUAUCAGUGGGUCGUCUCUACGAGCAGCUCAGCAAGGCUCGGCUGCAUCUGGGGGAGGUGUUAUCUGUGGCGCGGCACACAGGCCGCACCCUCAUCCUGCCGUCUGUUGGGAACAGCAGGAUCGGCACUGUAGCAGAUUAUGCCUUCCCCUUCUGCACUUAUUUCGAUCCGGGCAGGCUCGGGCAGUUUGUGCCAUGGGUCUCGGAGGAGUUUUUUUACGGGCAGGUGGUGCCGGCGUGGCGGGCAGCUGGAAGAGGCAGAGGGAGUGCGGUGGCUCUGGUGCUGGGGGAUGGGAAGAUGAAGGCGUGUGACGUGAGAGCGUCUUAUGCCAAGAUCGGCCGCAACACCAACACUCUGGGUCUCCAGCCCAACGCCUCUCUCCGUGCCGACCCCUCCCUCCUGCUCAACCGCGCUCUCCUCUCCCCCGCCCUCUGCACCCGCACCUGCACCACUAAACGCCGCGCCAAGCCGCCCGGCGCCGAGGACCUGCUGGGAAGAGACAGCGGUGCUACAGUGCUGCCCGGGGAGGAGCCGAUGGUUGCGCUGGGAAGAACGGGCGGCGGAGAGGGGGAGAUGGAGGGGGGGGAGGAGGGGAAAAAAGAGAAUGAAGGGGAAGGUGGGAAGGAGAGGGAGAGACUAAAGGGAGGAGAAGGUAGAGAAGGUGGGGAGGAAGGGAAAGUAGAACCUGAUCGGAACGCUGACGUGGCGGUGGUGUUCAAGUCGUCGCCGCUGAUGUGUCUUUCCCGGAUAGGCCGGCUGGCGUCAGAGGCCCGGCGGUUUCUGGUGUACCCGCCGCACCUGCACCUUGCAGCGGAUCACCUUAUAACGAAGCACGUCCAACUGCAAGCAGGUGGGGCGAGCGGAGGGGGCGGAGAAGAGGAGAGUGCAGAGAAUGCCGAAAGGGGUCACAUGCGUGGAGGAGGGGGCGGGGGAGGGGGCGGGGGAGGGGGCAGGGGAGGCGGCGGGGGAGGGGGCGAGGGGUUGGUGGUGGUGGCGGCGCACUGGCGGCUGGAGAAGGCUCUACGGGCGGGAGUGCGGCUGCAGCAGAUGGCCGCAUGUGCUCGGGGGCUGGUUGACACUGUCAGGGGGUGGGCCACGCGGGUGGGGAGGGCGAACGGAGGGGGGGGGAAUGGAGGAGCGGAUGGGGGGAAGGGGAAGGAGGGUGGCGAGCAGCAGGUGGUGUUGUUUCUGGCCACGGACCUCACUCCUGACAACAGAUGGAUGUCCAACUCCUUCACUGUACUCAGCAAGGAGCACAGAGACGUGGCUUUAAGAACAGUGCAGAUGCUGCACGAGGAGCUUCGACCAAUCACGUGGGCUGCUGCUGACCCCUCUGUCCCUCAGCUGGACACAGGCGUGCAGGCCAUCCUCGAUAAGCUCGUGUGCAUCAAGGCUACAGUGUUCCUUCAUGCACCAAUGGCUUGCACGGCUCCUGAUGCCUCCGCCAGCGGCGGCGCCGGCACCGGGCCGUCGACAGCUAUUCUCGUUGUCGGCGGGACAGCAGCAGCGGCCGCGGCGUUGUAUCUUGUAUUGAAGCCGCUAUACGAGAGGUUCCUGAGACGCGACGUGCCAUUCGGACCCGAUACUCAUCCCGUCGUAGCGCUGCUUCUUAAACGCCGCCCAGUCCACGCCAGCCAUAGGGGUGGUGCACGAGCAUGGCCAGAAAACACCAUGCUCGCAUAUCGCAGCGCUGCUGGUGUGGAUGCCGCUGGCACUACUGCUGCUGGGAUUAUUUCUCCUGAGGUUGCGGCGACCACCGCAGCCAAUGACAGCAGUGCUGAUGUGGACGGCAGCAGUGCUGAUGUGGACGGCAGCAGUGCUGAUGUGGACGGCAGCAGUGCCGCAGGCAGCGGCAGCAGUGGCAGACACGGUGAUAAUGCCUCUGGUGGAGGGGAGGCUGCCUUUGCUGAUCCUGACACCCAUGCAAACCCCACGCACGCUGAUUUCGAGGCGCCUCAGAAACUGUCUGGACAUGCAGACUCUACACACACCGCUGAUCCUGAUGCUUCUGAUGCACCUCGCACUCCUGCUCCUCAUGCUCCUCCCGAUGCGCAUGCUGCUCCUCAAGUCCCUGCUGCGCCACUGCUGCGCACGCAGAUACUAGAGGUGGACGUGCAACUAACCAAGGACCAGCAGCUGGUCUUGAUUCACAACGUGUCAGUGGACGACACAACAGACGGCAGAGGGCUUGUGGAGAGCUACUCUCUGGAGGAGCUCAGGUCAUUGGAUGCUGGGUACCAUUUCACCCGAGAUGGUGGCAAAACUUUCCCCUACAGAGGGAAGGGACUGCAAAUACCAACACUUAGGGAGCUGUUCCACGAGUUCGCGCGCUACAAGGACCUGGUCUUUUACCUCGACUUCAAGUCCCCCGCAGCUGUCGCUCCCACGCUUCAGAUGGUUCGAGAGUAUGGGUUGCAGCAGCGCAUCAUGAUGGGAGCAGUGCCUCCUGAAGCAAACAGAGAGGUACUCAGGCUGAAGCCUAACUGUGUGCCGGCCACGCCUGACAUCAACUCCAUGAUGCUUAUGUACAUCUGCUACGUGGUCGGCAUCCUUUGGCUUAUUCCCAUGCGUCACGAGAUUGUGGGAACGACAGCAUACAGAUGGGGAUACAAGGUUCUGAACAGUCGCUUCGUUGCGGCCUUCCAACGACGAGGGCGAUGGGUGUCAGUGUUUGGGGAUUACCUCGACCACAGAGCGGGGCAGGAGGACUGCAUCACCAUGGGGUGUGACAUGCUCUUCUCUGACCGCCCUGACAUCCUCCAUGACACCUUGGCUAGCCGGCAGUCAGAAUGA